AUGUACAUACAUGAUGCUACCAUGGUCCAUAAAUGCAAGCCAGCAAAUGGCAGAAGCGCUAAUACAUCAUUCCCAGCAGUUAUUUACCCAAACCCCAUCCCAUCUCCGUACCGAGAUGGAGCGAGAUGCGAAAUCCUGCAGCCGAGGACCGGGGGCCAUGAGAUUGACGCCCGUGAGCCGUGUUCCUCCUGUGUCAGCAUCCUUGGCUAUGGGUACGGCCCGUUUUUACUGGCUGGAAGUCAUUACAUCCUUUACUUGAAAACAAAAGCCGAGGUCCUACCACAGUAUCUAGAUGUAACACCGCAUAAAGGACCUCGCAGGUCAAGUACCGUCAUCUAUCAGCUGCUCGACAAUUUACCAAUCAAGACGCGCCAUCCUCCAGGUCGUCUCCCGCAUCUCAGACGUGGCCAGCUGGUCAUUCCGACGUCGGGAUGCAACCGCGGCAGCAACAUGCCGCAGUUGGAGAAGAUGACACAGAAAGAGGCCGUAGCGCCAUCGCUCCCAAACGUUGGUCUGCUCGGACAUUUCGCAGAUAGAUCUACCGCCGGGGCGGGGCUCGGCGGCCCCCGGAAGGGCGCUUUAACUGUUAAUUGGGUCAUCUCGCUUGUAAACGUCAGCGCAGGUUGUGAACAGCAACAGUUGUUAUACAAUUACCAUAUCAAGGUGGUGUUUCAGGGUCUGUUCAACCCUAUGCAUGUGGUGAUCCCAAUAGGACCGCCACCCCUCGUUGUCGAUUUGGUACACAGAUUGAGGAAGGAGAUCAAGUGGGCAGAGGGUGGUGGAUGUGAAGACCAAAACGAGGGCAAAGAAGAUGAAAAUCAGAAGGCAUGGGGAAAAGAGAAAAUGUGUGACGAGUACUGUCAACCCAGAAGACAGCGCAAAAGGAACGUCCGAGAGAUGACACAGGGACUGAAUGUUCAGUGGCCGACUUGGGCUUUUUUUCUCCGUGAUCCAGAAGCUGAUGCAAAUUGUCUGUGGUUGGGAUUCACGAAUAUCUGGCGGCGUGGAAAAGCCGAGUAUGUAGUUAUGAUGAAGUCAGACUUGCGUUCAGGAAAAAAGAAAACCAUGAGCAGACACAUGAGUCUGGUUCUAGUCAACACCAAGCGCAAUACGGAGUAG